UCAGCCCACUCAUAGAGUAUAAAACCUGCGGCCCACCGCAGCUGCCAGUGGCUAUCGUGCACAUUUACACAGCAGGUUUUCAGAGUUUCAGAGUCUCAGAGGAAGACACAACUCUUACAGCAAUGGCUGCAUCUCUCUUCAGACUAAGACUCUUCGCCCUCUUCUUUCUGUAUUCAGGACUAGCAGAUGCUAAAGUAAAUAUCAUCACCAGUGAUGUGGACAUCAAGGUCGGAAAUGAGCAGUUAUUACUGUGCAAAGCUGGUAAAGAGGCAGAUAUUAAUUGGCAGAAGGAUGGGGAGGACAUUGAGGAAGAUCGCCAUGUAGUGGAGAAAGUGGAUGAAACUUCGAGCAAACUGAUUUUGAAGAAUGUUGACCUAACAGACAGCGGAACGUACACAUGCCAUUGUGACUAUGAAACUCACGUUGACGACUCUUCCAUUAAAAUCUAUGUCUACGAGGACCUAAACUUUGGUGAGACAAAGACAUACCAUGAGUUCUUGGUGAACCAGACAGUGCAUGUCCCAUGUGUGGUCACUGGGAAGCCUGAUGUGGAGAUCAACUGGUAUCGGGAUGGUCACCUUGUGAGCAAUGACGGUAGGACCUUCGGUACAGGCUAUCCAUGUGGCAGUGGUCAUCUUACAGUUCUGCCGAAUAGGAAUCUGCAGAUUACGAACAUUCGUAAGAGUGAUCACGGAACCUUCACCUGUGUGGCAAACAUCAAAGAUCGAUCGGCCAUUAAGAAGGAGCUGGACAUCUCUGUUGUUGUAAAUGUUCCACCGACUGUGAUGAUUCGCAGUGAGCAGACAAACGUUCAUGCAGGACCGGACAUAAAUGUGACAAUAAUCUGUCUGGUUUCAGGAAAUCCGAAACCCACCAUUAUCUGGACACCGCCCUCUACCUCAGAUUCCUCUCGCUACAUAUACAACUCAGACAAGAGUGAGCUCAUCAUCCCAGCUGUGGCCAGAAGUGACUUUGGAGAAUACGUCUGCACGGCUUCCAAUAAGCUUGGAGAAGACAGUGCAGCGUUCAUACUGGACGUCUCAGAACGCCCAUCAGUGAUCUUGAGCCAGGAGGAGAUGGCAGUGCAACUUGGAAAGUCUGUGUCUGUCUCCUGCAAUGCCACAGGACACCCUUCACCCACCAUUGAGUGGCUCAACCAUGAGGGCAAGAAAAUAGAAGGAUCAGACUCAGAGCUCAAUAUCAAGAAUUUGAAGACCACUGAUGGCGGUGUCUAUUCCUGCAAAGCCAACAACAAGGCAGGCAGCACCACAAAAGACUUCAAACUUAUAACUUCACCUGCAGUGCCCGUCUAUUUCACUGUUUCACCUGGACCCACAUCAGCUUACAUCGACCUGCAUGCUCCUCUUGUAGAUGGAGGGUCUCCCAUUAGCAAGUUUGUCAUCCAGUGGAGGAAACAACCACAAGAUGAGUGGAGUCAGAUUGCCAUCCCUUCUUCUGAUCCACUGGUAGUCACAUCUCUGGCUCCAUACACGGAGUAUUAUGUGCGCUUUGCUGCCAAAAACAAACACUUUAUUGGUGGCUUGUCUGCUGAGAAGAAGAUCCGCACCCAGGCCAGACAGGGGGAGCCAGACAGGCCUGUACUGUCUUCUACUGAUGGCAAGUUAGAGGGAAACUCCUACUCCAUCCCAAUCAAACAGCUGGACGAUGGAGGACAGCCCAUUCAACAUUUCUUAGUGCGCUACAGGAUGGAAAAGGAGGGUGAGAACUGGAUAGAAAAGGAAAUGCCUGCUAACUCCACCAAGAUUCAGCUACAGGAUCUGCAGUACAACUCAGACUACCAGAUGGAGGUCUUCGCAUUUAACAUUAAUGGCUCUUCUGGGCCAGCCAAACUCAAUUUCACCAUUCCACAGGCUGUGAGUAAACCUAGCUUGGGUAAAGGUGGAGUGGCUGGAAUUGUCAUAGUUGUCUUCCUGGUGUUGCUGGUGGCGGUGGAUGCAUUCUGUUGCUAUACAAACCACUGUGGCCUGCUCAACUUCCUGGCCAGAAAACUGUUUGGCCACAAGAUGUCUGAGGCUAAGAGCUUGGAGGAAGGUGUGAUCAACAAUGCUGCUGUAGACAUGAAUGGGCUAGAGAAACCGAGGGGUAGCAUCCCAAAACUACAGGCACAAAAGGGGGAGACGAACGGGGUACAUUCAGAGGUCACGUGCGACAAAGCUCCCCUCACCAAAUUCGAGAAACCACCUGCCAAUGGUGACUCAUCCAACGAAGCGCGACUUUGAAGGCUUUACUUCAUUGUAUUUUUAGAGGAAACACAACUCAAAACUCAAAAUAAUGGCCCAAGGAACAUAGGUUUCUGGAAAACCGAUGCUAAGGUGUAGCUCAAGAAUGUAAGAGGGAUUUGUCUGUAUAAUAGCAAAUAAUCUUGAGACGGAGAUGGUUAACCACAGGUGUUGAAAUACACACAGUUGGUGCAGAUAAGGAAGGCGCUGUUAGGUCAGAUCCAAAUAUAGGAUUAAAAUGGAGAGUGAAUUUAAGUAAGCAGCUAACUGUUUCUACAGUACCUAAUUAAUAAUAUUGUUCACUGUUAAAGCAAUAAUGCAUAAUGACCCUUCACUAAGCCCCACCCCUUUGCUUCAUCUGACAAGCUUUCAAAUUUGUUAACUUACAUUUACAGCAUUUACAUUGACGCUCUUAUCCAGAGCGACUUACAAUUUGAUUAUUUUUACAUAGGUAGGCCAAGGCAGUGUUAGGAGUCUUGCCCAAGGACUCUUAUUGGUAUAGUGUAGGGUGUUUGCCCAGGUGGGGAUUGAACCCCAGUCAACAGUGUAGAAGGCAGAGGUGUUAACCACUACACUAUCCCAACCUUGCAGGGAUAGACUAUUAACCUCUGAAUUUUU